AUGCCUUCACGAAAACCCAGCAAGUAUGGGAACAACAAAUACCGGUCUGGUGCAGCAUCCUCAAAUCCGCGUCGAGCCAAGACUGUCGAGUUUUCCUCCCUGCGAUCCACCGAAGCGACUUCCCAAGAUGAGAAAUUCGAGGCCAUUCGACAGGCGAACAGUAUUGAUGAAAGCCUCGGGUUCCCACGUUUCGAGUCUGGCGAAUCUAGAGCCGGUUGGCUCAUCAACAUGCGCAGUACCACAAUAGAAGAUGCAAACGUACCAGGCGGCCGCGCUGGUGUCGAUUACUAUUUCCUCCAGGACGACGGAGGCAGCUUCAAAGCAACUGUCGAAUAUGAUCCAUACUUUCUGCUUGCGGUCAAAAGAGGCCAUGAGAUGGAAGUGGAAGAAUGGUGUCGACGGAACUUCGAAGGGUUAAUCAAAAAUUUCAAGAGGUUGGACAAAGAGGACCUGAAUCUCCCGAAUCACCUUCUUGGACAUCGGAGGACGUUUAUCAGGUUGAACUUUGCCAACGUCAGCAAUUUGCUUGAGGUUCGACGGACGCUUCUACCGCUGGCAGAGAAGAACAAGAAAAAUGCGACCGAGAUGGACGCAUAUGUCGAAAUGACUAGUGCAAGCACCGGCUUUGACCUUUUUGAUGACGAAUUAGUUAAUGAGCAACGAUCUAAUAGCAACAUGCAAGCGAGUGAUUUUAUUGUGGAUAUUCGAGAGUAUGAUGUUCCAUACCAUGUCCGAGUAUGCAUCGACAAGGAUAUCCGAAUUGGAAAGUGGUACAAUGUCGAGUCAAGACAAGGCUUGAUAUCUUUGAAAUGCUUGGAAGACCGACUUACACGUGCCGAUCCUGUCGUUCUGGCUUUCGAUAUUGAGACCACAAAAUUGCCUCUCAAAUUCCCUGACGCCGUGAUUGAUCAGAUCAUGAUGAUCUCGUAUAUGAUUGAUGGCCAAGGGUUCCUUAUCACAAACCGAGAGAUCGUCUCCGCGGACAUCAACGAUUUCGAGUACACGCCCAGACCGGAGUACAGUGGACCUUUUGUUAUCUUCAAUGAGCCAGAUGAGCGAGCUGUCUUGGAACGAUUCUUCGAACACAUCAAGAUUGCUAAACCAACUGUCAUUGCCACAUACAACGGUGACUUCUUCGAUUGGCCGUUUGUUGAAACAAGAGCGAGUGUCCAGGGAAUCGACAUGUACACGGAAAUUGGCUUCAAAAAAAAUAGCGAAGACGUUUAUCAAGCUGAUUACUGCGUACACAUGGAUUGUUUCGCAUGGGUGAAUCGUGACAGUUACCUUCCCCAAGGUAGUCGUGGUUUGAAAGCCGUGACCGUUGCGAAGCUUGGAUACGACCCUGAUGAGCUUGACCCCGAGUUGAUGACUCCUUACGCCAGUGAACGGCCCCAAACCCUUGCCGAGUACUCUGUUUCCGAUGCUGUUGCAACAUAUUAUCUGUAUAUGAAAUAUGUGCAUCCUUUCAUUUUCUCCUUGUGUACCGUCAUCCCGCUCAAUCCAGACGACACCUUGCGGAAGGGAACAGGAACAUUGUGCGAAAUGCUUCUCAUGGUCCAGGCGUAUCAGCAUGAAAUUGUUCUUCCUAACAAACACAAGGACGCAGCGGAGGCAUUUUACGACGGUCAUCUUCUGGAUUCAGAAACCUACGUCGGUGGUCACGUUGAAAGUAUCGAAGCUGGUGUAUUCCGCAGUGACAUUCCAGUCACAUUCACGGUUGAUCCAACCGCUAUUGAUGAGCUCAUCCGCGACCUUGAUCAUGCCCUCAAGUUCAGUAUCGAGGUUGAAGAGAAGAAGUCUAUGGAUGAUGUCACAAACUACGACGAGGUCAAGGCCCAGAUUUUGGAACGCUUGCUUGAUUUGAAGAACAACCCAAGCCGCAAUGAAGUGCCUUUCAUUUAUCACUUGGAUGUCGCCUCCAUGUAUCCCAAUAUCAUGAUUACCAAUCGAUUGCAACCCGAUUCAAUGAUCGAAGAAUCAAAUUGUGCCGCGUGCGAUUUCAACAGGCCCGGUAAGACCUGCGAUAGGCGAAUGCCCUGGGCCUGGCGUGGUGAAUUUUUGCCUGCCAAGCGGGAUGAAUACAACAUGAUUCGACGGGCCACUGCAAAUGAACGUUUUCCCGGGCGGCAUCCAAAAGGUCCCACAAGGGCAUUUGGUGAACUCAGCAUCGAGGAGCAGGCUGGCGUGAUCAGAAAGCGACUCCAGGACUACAGCAAGAAAAUCUAUCACAAGAUUCAUGACAGUAAAACUAUGGUUCGAGAAGCGAUCAUUUGUCAAAGAGAGAAUCCCUUCUAUGUUGACACUGUACGAAGCUUCCGUGACCGUCGAUAUGACUUCAAAGGAAAGCAGAAGGUCUGGAAAAACAAAGCAGACUCUUUGCAGUCAUCCGGUGCAUCUGCUGCUGAAAUUGACGAGGCCAAGAAAAUGAUUGUCCUGUUUGAUUCACUUCAACUCGCACACAAAGUCAUUCUCAACAGUUUCUACGGUUAUGUCAUGCGAAAAGGUUCUCGCUGGUAUUCCCUGGAGAUGGCAGGUGUCACCUGUCUCACGGGUGCCCAUAUCAUUCAGAUGGCGCGAGAGCUUGUUGAGCGUAUCGGCCGACCCUUGGAGCUGGACACUGACGGAAUUUGGUGUAUGCUUCCGGGUACAUUUCCUGAAAACUUCACAUUCACGCUGAAGAACGGGAAAAAGCUAGGAAUCUCGUACCCAUGUGUCAUGCUCAAUCAUCUUGUCCAUGCAAAGUACACUAAUCACCAAUAUCAGUCCCUGACAGAUCCGUCGAGCUUCAAAUAUGAGACCUACAGCGAGAACUCAAUUUUCUUCGAGGUUGAUGGUCCAUACCGAGCCAUGAUUUUGCCGACGUCGAAAGAGGAAGAUAAAAAUUUGAAGAAGCGAUACGCUGUGUUCAACCACGAUGGAUCAUUGGCUGAGCUGAAAGGUUUUGAAGUCAAGCGAAGAGGAGAACUGAAGUUGAUCAAGAUCUUCCAGACGCAAAUCUUCAAAUUCUUCUUGGAAGGCACCAAUCUUGCUGAAACGUAUGCUGCUGUUGCCCGAGUUGCUGAUCGGUGGUUGGAUGUUCUCUAUGAGCACGGAGCCACCCUAGCCGAUGAGGAACUCAUUGACCUCAUUUCAGAAAACCGAAGUAUGUCAAAGACAUUGGAGGAAUAUGGUAGCCAGAAGUCUUCGCCAAUCACCACUGCGAAACGUUUGGCAGAGUUCCUGGGUGAGCAAAUGGUCAAAGAUAAGGGCUUGAACUGCAAAUAUAUUAUAUCUUCAAGGCCGAGAAACACUCCUGUCACUGAAAGAGCUAUCCCCGUGGCCAUAUUUUCUGCCGAGGAGAAUGUCAAGCGAUACUUCCUGCGAAAAUGGCUCAAAGAAGACCCUGCCGACAUGGACCCUCGCAAUCUUAUCGAUUGGGACUAUUAUCUUGAACGGUUGGGAUCAGUCGUGCAGAAGUUGAUUACGAUACCGGCUGCCCUGCAGAAACUUCGAAAUCCUGUGCCUCGGGUUGCGCAUCCUGACUGGUUACAGCGACGUAUCAAUCAGAAAGAUGACAAAUUCAAGCAGAAGAAAAUGACUGAUCUGUUCACAAAAUCGGACAAGUUGCCUCUUUCAUCGAUUUCUACCAACAUCCUUGAACACCGUGUUCAACAUGUUGGGGACUUGGACGAAGCACUGGCAAAUUCUUCUCAGAAAGUCCAGUCACCCGAGGCGAAGGUAUCACAGAAGAGAAAGCAUCCGGAAGGGCUUUCCAAAACAGCACUGGAUCCUUUCGCCAGUCUCCCUGCCACCAUGCCAUCGCUCACGGACGACUACCAGGGUUUCCUUCGCUACCAAAAGCAGAAAUGGAAGAUUCAAAAGCAGGCACGAGUUCGCCGCCGCCAAUUGUUUGGUGACCGAACAACAGUAUCGUCGGACUCCUUGGGCGGUUUCUUCCGCAAUCAAGCCCAAAUGCUCUAUAUCAGCACCUGGCAGGUCUUGCAGUUGUGCGAAACAGGCCGCCCGGGAAUUGUUCGUGCCUUUGUGCUGAUCGAUCAAAAGGUUCAUUCACUGAAUGUCAAGGUCCCGCGGCAGUUCUUUGUCAACCUGAAGCGGGAGACUUUACCAGACAUUGAAGUGCCUGACUGUGAGGUCGAAAAGGUCAAUCAUACUUUGCCCAACGGACACCCUUCUGUUCACCUCUUCAAGGUGUCGCUGUCUGAGGAUACGUUCCUCCAGGAAGCAGAGAAGAUGGAUGCCCUGUUCCAACAUUCUAGUGUUGAAGGUGUUUACGAACGGAAUAUUUCACCAAGUACCCGGGCAGUCCUCAAACUUGGAAGUCACUGUACUUUCGAUGAAGAGCAGCGUGGUGUUUUGGGCGAAGGUUUAGAGAAGGGAUUUGACCUUGCAACAUUGCUCCAUACUACAUCAGACCAACCCUACCUCAUGGAUUCUCCUUUGGCGUACCAUUACCUCUACCACGUUGCGUCCGGAGAUAGACAGGUUUUCGCUAUCUUCUCAACGGCGAACAAUGAGGCGCAUAUUGUCAUCCUUAACCGGACAAGGGAUGUUCAAGGUUUACCAAACGUCGACAAGAUUUACUCUGAACUGCUUUCUCGGAAAUUGCAAGAUGGCUCUAGUGAUGAGUCGCAAAAUGCAUUCCAGUACCAAGACAAGAUCCACUUUAAAACCACACAUGUGAUGACCCGAAGAAAGGCUCAUCUGGAGGUUGGUGAUUUGAUAAGAAAGCUUCGAAAUGACGAGAGCCAUCCAGCGGUUCUAGUCAUCCAGUCUCAGCAGAAAGACCGUUUGUGUCACGACAUUCCUAUCUUGAAAGAAUACCCUACUCUUUCCGUGAAACCCGAAGUGACGGAUAUGGAUCUGCCUCCACUUGGCUGGCAAUCGUUCAUUGCUAGGCGCCUUGUGACUCAUUAUUUGCAUCUCUCCGCUUGGAUCCAUCACCUGACUCUACUGGCUCGAUAUGGUGAUGUCCCUCUUUGCAACCUAGAGAAUGACGACCCUCGAUACCUCAUUGAUAUAUCAUAUGCUAGACGUCUCCAGCAGAACAAUGUUGUUCUGUGGUGGUCAAUGGCCCCACGGCCAGAUCAUGCCGGGUUUGAAAAAGAUGAUGUCACGGGUCCACUGGAGGUAGUCAACAUGCCGUCUGUGAAUGUGCCGAAUGCUUAUGGGACAGUAUGCAUUGAGCUGGACGUCCGCAACCUUGCCAUAAACACCAUUCUCACGUCUUCGAUCAUCAGCGAGAUGGAUGGCAAUGAUACACUUUUAGCGUCCGGUAAGGGCGAGGAUACGGGCGUGCUAUACUCUGAGAAAGCAUUUGCAUCUGCUGGUGCGCAUGUUUUGCGGGAUAUGGUCAAGCAUUGGUGGACAGAAGCCUGUUCUGGAAAUGGCAUGGCGGACAUCAUGGUAUCACACUUGAUCCGAUGGGUUGAGAGUCCAAUUUCAUACCUCUAUGAUCGAUCCCUUCACAACUAUAUCCGGAUGCUCUCACGCAAGUCAUUCCAGAGACUGAUGGCUGAGUUCCGACGAGUUGGCUCCAACGUUGUUUUUGCCAGCUCUACGCGACUUCUACUUCAGACCACGAAGACCGAGGUGGGCAAUGCCUACGCAUACAGCCAAUAUGUCUUAAAAUCGAUUCGGGCGAACCCUUCGUUCCAUUUCGUUGAUCUUGAGAUUAGGGAGUAUUGGGAUUACCUCCUGUGGUAUGAUGAGUACAACUAUGGUGGCAAGGGCUGUCGUGAAGUGGUUGAAGCCGAAAAUCAAAACCUCGAGACUGUCAUGCAUUGGCAACUUAAUCGAUUCCUGCCGGCACCCAUGCAAACCAUCUUCCACGAUUGGGUUGUUGAGUAUAUCGAUCUUAUGCAUUCCUUGAAGCGCCCUGAUCUCCAGGACGGCAAUAUGUCUUCUACGCCUCGAUUGACGCAAAUUCCCAUUGGCCAGCCCAGCGACAAGGAGAGUGAGGAGAUCACCGCUAUCCUCGCAGAACGAUUCUCGAAGCCUUUGAAGAAGCAAAUCACGGGCCUGAUCCGUCGCCAGCGUGAUGAGAUGCUACACCCUGAGCUAGCAUCUGAUUAUGCCUUCCCGGUUCUCCCGGGUGUCGAUCCAACCAAUGACAAGCGUAAUCCAUCCCUGGAGCUGGUUAAGCUGCUCAUGCAGGUUUUAAGCCUGUCGAAGAUUACCACUCUCGAGUCACGACUGUUGCGCCGCGAGCUACUAGCACUCUUUGAGGUGCGCGAAUUUAGCCAAGAAGGCCGGUUUGAGAACCCCAGUACCAACUUGAAACUGACAGAGCUGAGCUGUAACGCCUGCUGCCUCAUCCGUGACCUGGAUUUAUGCCGGGACGAAGACGUGUUGCCAGACCCAGGUACCGACAACAAAACGCCUAAGACAUGGCGCUGUCCCUUCUGCCAAAAGGAGUAUGACCGGCUUGCACAAGAGGAACUUCUCAUUGGUCAGGUGCAGGGUCUUGUGGUAGCAUGGCAAACCCAGGAUCUGAAGUGUUCCAAAUGCAAGACCCUCAAGAUCAGCGAGUUUAUGGAACAUUGCUCUUGCAGUGGUACCUGGGCCCCAACCGUUGAUCUCAAAGAGACUCGAAAGAAACUGGAAGUCUUGCAAAGCGUUGCCAAGUUCCACAGUCUGCAGUUAUUGGAGAAUGUGGUCAAUGAUGUUUUGUCACGGGUCUAA